AGUACGAAAGACGGCCGCGCUAUCUAUCUUUUUCCUCUCUCUACCUUAGUAUUAAACAGACACAGAAAGUCUCUCUCUCAUUGUCAAAUCAUAAGUUUAUCAAAGGAUCAGCCACUAACGUCUACUCACCGCCGUUUAGAGAACUUCUCUCUCUCUCUACACUUAUACUGCUACUUUCUCUCUCUAGAGUACCUGUACUAUUUUUGCCUGUCAUCACAAUUCAUACACACCCUCUCUCUCUCUUCAUAAAGAGACUGUGUUAACUCCUUCCUUACAGUUCACGCCAAGCGCCUGCUUCUCCUUCUCUCUCUCUCUCUCUCUCUCUCUCUCUCUCGCACACAAAAAAACAACAGCAAAAAAGAAAUAACAGUUUAAGCUCAUUCUUUUGUUGUUUCUUUAUCAAACAGAAGCAGAGAGGUAGCAGCAAGGCUUCAUUCAUGUUCUGUUUCUUGUGCUCCAUUGUAUUGGUUGCAUUUUGGUGUUAAUGGAGCAAGGAGUAAAGGAUAUGAGGAAAUACAAGCAAUUGAUUAUGAAAUGUUGCAUGAUUAAAGUAGUGUUGUUUUUGCUUCUCUGUCCUUUUGCUUCCCCGCUUAAUGAUGAAGGUAAAGCAUUGAUGUCGAUAAAGGAGUCCUUCAGCAAUGUAGCAAACGUGCUUCUUGACUGGGAUGAUGUGCACAAUGGAGAUUUCUGUUCUUGGCGCGGUGUUUUCUGCGAUAAUGUCAGCUUCUCUGUUGUUUCUCUGAAUUUGUCAAAUUUGAACUUGGAUGGUGAAAUUUCUACUGCCAUUGGAGAUUUGAGGAACUUGCAAUCCAUAGACUUUCAGGGAAACAAGCUAACUGGUCAAAUCCCUGAUGAGAUUGGAAACUGUGCUUCUCUCUAUCAUUUAGAUUUAUCGGAUAACUUGCUUGACGGAGAUAUACCAUUUUCUGUAUCUAAGCUCAAGCAACUUGAGUUCUUGAAUUUGAAGAACAAUCAGCUUACUGGUCCUAUCCCUGCUACCUUAACCCAAAUUCCAAACCUCAAGACUCUGGAUCUUGCUCGGAACCAGCUCAUUGGUGAGAUACCAAGAUUACUCUAUUGGAAUGAAGUAUUACAGUACCUUGGGUUACGUGGCAAUUCCUUGACUGGAACAUUGUCCCAGGACAUGUGUCAGUUGACUGGUUUGUGGUAUUUUGAUGUUAGAGGCAACAACCUUACCGGCACGAUUCCUGAUAGCAUUGGCAACUGUACAAGCUUCCAGAUAUUGGACCUGUCAUACAAUCAGAUCAACGGGGAGAUACCAUAUAAUAUAGGAUUCUUGCAAGUAGCUACUUUGUCACUACAAGGCAAUAAGCUAACGGGGAAGAUCCCUGAGGUGAUAGGCUUAAUGCAGGCCCUUGCUGUUUUGGAUUUGAGUGAGAAUGAGCUAGUUGGACCAAUCCCACCUAUACUUGGCAACCUAUCAUUCACCGGAAAACUAUAUCUCUAUGGCAACAAACUUACUGGGCCAAUUCCUCCAGAGCUUGGCAACAUGUCAAAACUUAGCUACUUGCAAUUGAAUGACAACCAACUGGUUGGCAACAUUCCACCCGAACUUGGCAAACUUGAACAAUUGUUUGAAUUGAAUCUUGGUAACAAUGAUCUUGAAGGGCCCAUUCCACAUAACAUAAGUUCCUGCACUGCUCUGAACCAAUUCAAUGUGCAUGGUAAUCGCUUAAAUGGAACUAUCCCUUCGGGCUUCAAGAAUUUAGAGAGUUUGACAUACCUAAAUCUAUCAUCAAACAAUUUUAAAGGCAGGAUCCCUCUCGAGCUUGGACAUAUUGUUAACCUUGACACUUUGGAUUUGUCUGCCAAUAGCUUCUCAGGACCUGUUCCAGUUUCUAUUGGUGGUCUAGAGCACCUUCUUACCUUAAAUUUAAGCAGGAAUCGUCUUGAUGGAGUACUGCCAGCUGAAUUUGGGAAUCUCAGGAGUAUACAAAUUCUUGAUAUAUCAUUCAACAAUGUUACCGGGGGCAUUCCUGCUGAAUUAGGGCAACUACAAAACAUUGUUUCUCUAAUACUGAACAACAACAGCUUGCAAGGAGAAAUUCCUGAUCAACUCACCAAUUGUUUCAGUCUUGCAAAUUUGAAUUUCUCGUACAAUAACUUAACAGGGAUUAUACCUCCUAUGAGAAACUUCUCACGGUUUCCACCGGAAAGUUUCAUUGGAAAUCCAUUGUUAUGUGGCAAUUGGUUGGGUUCUAUUUGUGGACCUUAUGAGCCAAAAUCUAGAGCAAUCUUUUCCAGGGCUGCAGUUGUCUGUAUGACAUUGGGCUUCAUCACUUUAUUGUCCAUGGUUAUUGUUGCAAUUUACAAAUCAAACCAGCAGAAACAGCUGAUAAAAUGUUCUCACAAAACAACUCAAGGUCCACCCAAACUUGUGGUUCUUCAUAUGGAUAUGGCUAUCCACACUUUUGAAGACAUAAUGAGAAGCACUGAGAAUCUAAGUGAAAAGUAUGUUAUUGGCUAUGGUGCUUCAAGCACAGUUUACAAGUGUGUGCUGAAAGGAUCCCGACCAAUUGCAAUUAAGCGAAUCUACAAUCAGUAUCCAUACAACCUGCGAGAAUUUGAAACUGAACUUGAGACCAUUGGCAGCAUCAGACAUAGAAACAUUGUUAGCUUGCAUGGCUAUGCUCUAUCUCCUUGUGGGAACCUUCUUUUUUAUGACUACAUGGACAAUGGUUCUUUAUGGGAUCUCCUUCAUGGACCAUCUAAGAAGGUAAAGUUGGACUGGGAAACACGCCUAAAGAUAGCAGUUGGAACUGCUCAAGGACUUGCCUAUCUUCACCAUGAUUGCAAUCCGAGAAUUAUCCACAGGGAUGUGAAAUCUUCAAAUAUUCUAUUGGAUGACAAUUUUGAAGCUCAUCUAUCUGAUUUUGGAAUUGCAAAAUGUAUCUCAACAGCAAAAACUCAUGCCUCUACUUAUGUUCUAGGAACAAUUGGCUAUAUUGACCCAGAAUAUGCUCGCACUUCGCGGCUAAAUGAAAAGUCAGAUGUCUAUAGCUUUGGCAUUGUUCUUUUAGAGCUUCUAACUGGGAAGAAAGCUGUGGAUAAUGAGUCUAAUUUGCAUCAGCUGAUACUAUCCAAGGCUGAUGACAAUACGGUGAUGGAGGUUGUUGAUCAAGAAGUUUCUGUCACAUGCAUGGAUAUAACCCAUGUCAGGAAAACAUUCCAACUUGCUCUGCUGUGCACGAAGCGCCAUCCAUCUGAAAGGCCAACAAUGCCUGAGGUUGUGAGGGUUUUGGUUUCCUUUCUUCCAGCGCCUCCUACAAAGAAACCUUGUUCAGCUCCACCGAAGCCCAUUGACUAUGCCAAGUUUGUGAUUGACAAAGGACAGCAGCAACCAGCACCCAAGAACCAGCUAGCUCAACAGGAGAAUAACUCAUCUGAUGCUCAGUGGUUUCUUAGAUUCCGGGAAGUAAUAUCUAAGAACACGCUAUGAUUAAUCUUUUUCGCAAUUCGCAACAGAUCUCUCUAUUUUUGGCUUACAUGGGUUGUCUGCUCCAAAAUUGGAUGGGCGGGGCUAAUUACAUUUUGAUGCGGAUUUUGUAACAGCUAACUUGACUAAUUUUUAAUAUUAGGAACAAUCCUGUCUAAUCGGGUAUUUUAUUUUGAAAAUCUUUCAUACAACCAAUUUGGUAUCUAUGUUGUAAAAACCCAUUAUGCAAAAUAUAUACUACUAGUUAUCUGGUUGCAAGUA